GCGACACUUGCCGAAAAAGAAGUAACGACGUUAAAAGAACAACUAUCCGGAAACAACACAUCGAACAACUGCGAAAACAAAGACACAUCAAACAUGGACAGGCAUAGCUUCGAAACCGAAAUCGCUACCAAAGACAAAGAAAUCAACCAACUCUUGGAGGAAGUUCAGAGGCUUCAAGGAUGUCUGUCUAAACUCCAAGAAUCAUCUAUGUCACAAAUCAACCGUUUAGAAGAUCAAAUAGAGCAAAAAAGACAACACAUACUGAGACUCGAAAACAAAUUAGAUUUACAGAAAGAUUACGAAGAAUUAAAAAGGGAAAUUAGUAUUCUACGAUCAGACUUCACGAAUAAUCCGGACGGAAAAAGUAUCGAAUUACUUUUAGAAAAAUCUAAAUCCUCAUCGCAGGAAAUAAGAGACAGAUCACCAUCGAGAGACAGUGAAGGGGUUGAUCAACUUCACUCGCAAACCCCUAACCUCUCUGACAUCUCUCCCAAUAACCUCCCUCCGCCCUUCCAUAACGUUGACGCGUUUGGUAGUAUACUCGGCGAAGAAAUUGUUUCUUCAUGGAGAAGGAAUAUUGAACACAAUCGAAUAACGCCAAAAUCACCCUCUGCUUCUCUAGAUGGGCCUCUGAAAAGUUCCACCCCGGUAAACGCAGAUUCCACGGCAGAAAAGAGCACUGCGUCGACACCUCAACCAUCCGAUCAAUUGUGCCAUCAAUCGCCAGGUGAGAACUUGAUGAAUGGCAAUCCGAAAAGUCCACAGGAAGACAACAACAACCACCACGUCAGUAACAACAACAUUCCGCUGAGCGCAAUAUGCGCUGUCAACAGUUUCCUAAGGAAUGAAGACAGCCUGAAGAGCCCUUACAGGUUCGAAGACCAUCAUCGAUCGCCGUUCAAGUUCGCUGAAGAUUUAGGAAUGGCUCCUGGCUCGAUGGUUGGGAGGUUAGGAGAAAGCCUAAUCCCGAAGGGCGAUCCGAUGGAAGCCAAACUGCAGGAGAUGCUGAGGUACAACAUGGAUAAAUACGCCUCACAAAACUUAGAUACUCUCCAUAUAGCGAGGAGGGUGCGGGAGCUGCUGUCCAUACACAAUAUUGGCCAAAGAUUGUUCGCAAAGUACGUUUUAGGAUUGUCCCAAGGGACUGUUUCCGAGCUUCUGUCGAAACCGAAACCUUGGGACAAAUUGACGGAGAAAGGAAGAGACAGUUACAGGAAGAUGCAUGCCUGGGCGUGUGACGAUAAUGCCAUCCUCCUGCUGAAAUCAUUGAUACCAAAGAAAGACAAUUUUUCAUCAACAGGCAAAUCAGAAUCUGGAAUGCCACCUUUCGGAAGACCAGAAAACGACCUCACAGAUGACAGACUGGUGCACAUUUUGAACGAGGCGAAUCACUUUCAGCAAAUCAAACACCAACAACCUGAAGAUAGUCACAGUAAUGAAGACUCUAAAUCCCCCCAUGGAUGUAGCAGUCCAUUCUCCCGAGACUCGUCUUUGAAUAGAAGGCUGAAAAAAUACGAAAAUGAUGAUAUUUCCCAAGAAAAAGUAGUACGGAUUUAUCAGGAGGAACUUGCCAAACUUAUGGGUCGAAGAAUUGAAGACAUGAGAAGCCGGGAAGGAAAUUUCCCUGAUAUUUUUCUUCCUCAAUUAUUUAGUGGAAACCCAAUGGAUCGUACCCAAGAGGAUAUACGUAUAGCUCUUGACGCAUAUCAUCGUGAACUAGCCAAACUCAACCAAGGGCAGGGUCCUACGCAAAUGCCAAUUAGCCUUCUUGCCAUCCAACAACAAGCAUUAGCCCAUCAUCACCAACAGCAGCAUCAUCAACAGCAACAUCAUCUACAUCAUAACCAGAGCGCAAACGGCGGUGUACAAGACUUGUCUAUUCCAAAAGACAAAAUGAAGAUGAUGAAUGGAGUAUUGGAUGAAAAAGAAAAAGAUGAUGAUGCAAUGUCUCGUCAUUCGGGUUCAGCAUUCAGUUUAGUGAGACCUAAAAUAGAACCUGGCACACAACCUAAUACAGGUUCCACCACUUCGAGCCCAUUAGGCAACUCUAUAUUACCUCCUAUGACCCCAACGGAUGAUUUCUCUGGUUCAGCGGCUGCGUCACCAUUACAAAGAAUGGCCAGCAUCACAAACUCCCUCAUAUCACAGCCACCAAGUCAACCUCAUCACACCCCUAACAACCGACCUCUUAAAGCAGUAUUACCUCCAAUCACACAACAGCAAUUCGAUCUCUACAAUAAUCUCAAUACAGAAGAUAUCGUUAAGAAAGUUAAAGAACAGUUAAGUCAGUAUUCAAUAAGCCAGAGGCUUUUUGGGGAAAGUGUCUUAGGUUUGUCUCAAGGGUCUGUCAGCGAUCUCCUAGCUAGACCGAAGCCGUGGCAUAUGUUGACACAGAAGGGACGGGAACCAUUCAUACGAAUGAAAAUGUUCUUGGAAGAUGAAAACGCCGUUCACAAGUUAGUGGCAAGCCAAUACAAAAUUGCCCCAGAGAAGCUCAUGAGGACCGGAGGAUAUGGUGGAGCUUGUACGUCUAUUGGUAAACCAAUGCCACCUACGCCAAAAAUGCUCUCGGAGGCAGCCGGUCUUCUCAAUAAAAUGCAAGAAUCACAAAAUAUCUUACCACCUUCCCUCCAACUCGGACCGCCCCAGAUGUCGAAUCCGCAACCGCCUCCACCCCCGAUGCUGCUGACGCCACCUGGACUUCCUCCACACCAUGCAAUCAAUCUUCAGAACCAAGAUCUAAUGAAAAAGUCGACCCAUAGUCCUCAUGGAAUACCACAUUCGCCUAUGGGUCAACAACAUGCAUCAUUGAGAAAUUUGCACCAGCAUAUUUCACCUAGCGUCUACGAAAUGGCGGCACUAACACAAGAUUUGGAUACCCAAAUCAUCACCACCAAAAUCAAGGAAGCAUUAUUAGCAAACAACAUUGGUCAGAAGAUAUUUGGUGAAGCCGUUCUGGGUUUAUCUCAAGGUUCAGUCAGUGAACUCCUGUCAAAACCAAAACCUUGGCAUAUGCUUAGCAUCAAAGGGAGGGAACCCUUUAUAAGGAUGCAAUUAUGGCUCAAUGAUGCACAUAAUAUCGACAGAUUGCAGGCUCUCAAAAACGAAAGAAGGGAAGCCAACAAAAGGCGAAGAUCCACAGGUCCGGGAGCACAUGACAAUAGUAGUGAUACCUCUUCUAAUGACACAUCAGAGUUUUACCAUUCAAAUUCACCUGGACCCGGGCCUCCAUCAGCAAAAAAACAACGAGUAUUGUUCAGUGAAGAGCAGAAAGAAGCUUUGAGGCUGGCGUUUACUCUAGACCCCUACCCCAAUGUUGCUACAAUUGAGUUCCUUGCGAGUGAACUUGGGCUCUCUUCCAGAACUAUCACCAAUUGGUUUCACAAUCACCGAAUGAGACUAAAGCAACAAGUACCACAUGGCUUGUCUUCAGAUAUUCCACCCAGAGAUCAAACCGGGGGUCAACAGCCCUUCGAUCCUGUACAAUUUAGAUUAAUUUUGAACCAAAGAUUACUUGAAUUAUCUAAAGAGAGGAUGGGACUGAGUGGCGUUCCUUUACCAUAUCCACCUUAUCUAGCUGCAAAUACCAAUUUAGCCGCUUUAAUAAGUCGUGGGCUCUUACCGACUGGUGACAUGGACUUAUCAGCCCUCAAUAAUGUUGUUAAGGAACAGAUAAGCGGAUUAGAUUUAUCUAUGCCUUCUUUGAAACAUGAGCCCGGUGAUUAUGACGAUGAUGACGAUGUAGAAAGUAAUGUAGGCUCAGAAGACUCUAAUAUUUCAGGGGGUAGUUUGCAAGGGGAAGUGAAAGUAGAACCCAAAGAAUUACCUGCAAAUCAAGGGAGAUCGUCACGACGAAAGCCUGUGGCGCCCCAAUGGGUUAAUCCUAAUUGGGAAGAAGAAAAGGAAAAACCAACUACCGGUGACGAAGUUAUCAUCAACGGAGUCUGCGUCAUGCAGACUGGUGAUGACUAUGGUCGUAGAAAUGCUGAAGAAACAGUCCGAGUCGAGCCUCAAGCGGUGAUGGAUCGAUUUGAGGAUGACCAAAGUGAUACUUCUUCGAUAAGUCACGAAAAUGAGCAUCAUGAUAAAGGCGAAGAUAAAUGUGAUGAUGAACAUGAAGAACAAAAUGAUGAGGGUGACUCAAAAAAUGAAGAUAGUGAAUGUAAAGUGGGUAAACAUGAAAAUGAAGAUGAAAGGUGGGAGUACUAAGCAAAGGACGGUUUAGCAACUUUCGAUAUUGUUUUGUUGUUUAUAGAUAGUGUUGAAUUAUGGACGACCUCAUAGACUUCUCGGCGAAGGAACAGGUUGAAGAUUUGUUGUAUAAUAAUAAAAAGUGCAAUCACGAAAUCGAAAAAUUACCCCAAGGUUAUUAUAAAUAUUUAUUGAAUCAUUGUGAUUACUGACUAUUGGCUGAUCAGAAACUCAGUUUAGUUUUACACAAAAAGUAGACUCUGUUUCAGACUUCCAAAUUACCUCAAUUUCUUAUUGAAAAUUUUCGGAUCCACGAGUCCAAUGAAGUUCAUAAAAAUAUUAUGUGUUGCGGUAAAACUCUUGCCACUGUCAAUUUAUUUUUUAUUUAUUGGCAUCAUUUUGUUCCCUUUUUUAUUUCGAUUUGUAUUUAUGUAGUUAUUAAAUAAGACUGUUACCGUUAUUAUAUUAUAUAAUAUCUAGCUCGUAUCAGGGCUGAAAAGCAAAGAAAAAUGUUUUAAACAUUUUGUGAUAUACACUUUAAUUGUUUAGUUUUAUUAUCGAAAUACUGUGCUUUCCACUAUUUUGAUUAACUGAAUGGCCAAAUUACGUGAAAUGUACCUACUAAAAUGUUUGGAAUUUGUUAACAUGUUUUCCUGUUUUAGAAAUUCGUUCGUAUGAAAGCUUUUUGCGACUGAAUAAACAGAAUGUGAUUCAUUAAAUUUCAUUAAAUGGCAUUAGUAGGUAUAAAAAAGGCCAUUAUUUUAUACUGAUCUAUAA